AUGUAUUCGAAAUUGAAGUUUGGCAUGUUCCUGGUCUUUUGGUCCCGAAAAAUGAUUAUCAUCAUUUUUCUGUCUAUCAUAUCAAGUGUGAUAAGAAUGCGGUGGACUUUCAUCCAAUCUGGAAAUCUAAGAAACCGGACGGCUGUGCCAAUUCGAUUUCCAGAUUAUCGAUUGGUCCCAAAAUUCGAUCCGCCGAAGAAAAAGGGAAUUCACGAAGACAAAAAAUUGGAAAAUCAAAAGGGAAAAAACAAGAAAAAUGAUGGAAAAAAGAUGCCGGAAAAGAAGACGUCGGACGACGGCAAAAAAGAAGACGUCAACGGCGUCGGAGAAUCCUCUGAAGAAGUAAUUCCUCAAGAUCUCUCGAUAUCGAGGAAAAGGGUUUUUAAAAAAUCAUCAAUCAGUUUUUCAUCCCUAAUUUUUUUGGAAGUUUUGAUUUUUGAAAAAAAAAAUCAAAAAUUCCAAAAUAAAUGA